GUUUUCAAGUUGUUUAAGCAACAACAUUACCUCUUCAAGGCAUAGGCAUAGAAUCUCUUUUUCUCUACAUUGGUGAACAAUUUGAGCAAAGAAAAUCGAUGGCACCGACUUUACCUUCAGGUGAUCAAGCAUCGGAUCAGGAUAACUGGGACAAUGGAAGACUAGCACGCAAGCGACAACUACUUACUGAAAUUGUUCUGAGGAACAGGUUGACAGCUCUUGUGGUUGAUGGUGACACAACGUGUCGGGUUUUGGAGCAACUACUUCUUCGUUCUUAUGAAGUUCAAACUCAAGGUGUCGACAACGGCAGGGAUGCAGUCGCCCUCAUUGCCUCUGGUGUCAAAUUCAAUCUCAUCAUCAUCGACAUGAUUCUUCCUGUCUUGAACGGCCUUGAGGCAACAAGGCAGAUUCGUGACAUGGGGGUGCAUUGUAAGAUGUUGGGGGUCACAGCUUGCUCGGGAGAAAGUGAAAGGCAGGCAUUUCUUGCAGCUGGUGUUGAUGUGUUCAUUGAGAAACCUUUGGAUCCUGAGCAUCUAGUUCCCAUCCUAAGGGAACUUGAUGGCCAGUGAGUGAAGAUCCAUUUUGGAACACAAAACUGAGGAAUUUCCUGUUGUAGUUGUUGUUGGCUUCCAACUUUAAUGUUUCUUUCUUGUUGUUUUUCAUGUUAUUAGCUUUGAAAAAUUAUGAUGUUUUUAGUUUAUUGAUGUUUUUUAAUAGGCUUUAGGCUGUUUGUCGAGUCUGGUCCUUUGGUAAUGUAUUGGUAAUGCCAUGAAUAAGAUUGUCCUCUUUUAUUAAA